CAUACACACACUCGCCCACUCACUCACCUACACUGCCUGUCCAGUUAGUUUAGUCGUGUCCUCCAGUGCUGGCAGGUAGCGCUCAGCUCACCUCCAUAAAAAAGUCGUGCUCUCAGAGCCUCGUUUGACGUUGUUUACAAGUGAUCGUGUUACAAACUGAUAAUGAUGUUUCUUCCUAGGCAUCAGUGACUACCUACCUGGCUCCAAGAUAUCACCUCAACUUGUUAUUGGAAUUGUAUAGCGAACACCUUCAGUUGUUGCCUGAUUACUUGUAGUAAAUUAGAAAAUAAAAUCUGAAAAUAUAUUGAAAUUCGUCAUCGGCCAGCUGUUACAGAACUGGGCCACCGUUCAUGAUUGGUGAUUGUCACGAACCUGCUGUGUCCCGUCACGCGAACACGUGUUUAUUACCCUAACUUGAGUCUUUUAUUGUGAAUUUUUUAACAAACUGGAUGGUGGUGCCUGUGACACUAAGUUAUGGGGCCACACUAACGAUGGUUGCUGCUUUGUAAAUGUGUGCCGCAGCAGAAAAUGUUUAGGUUACAGGUGUGGAAGUCAAAACUAAUGCAAGAAGUUAUCUGGAUACCUGUCAUUAAGAAAAUAGUAUAUGUAUACUGUAACAAGUAAUACACACACACAGUGACGAGGUGGAUUUAGCGUAAACAUUAAUAAAAUCUUCGUUUUAAUUCGGCAAAAAAGAAGCGAGCAUUACAAAUACAUUGUAAAUAAGGAUAACAAGACUACGGGAUCUCAUUCUUAUGUGUGACCAAGACUGUAUGAAGCUUCAAAGUGAAUGUAAACUCAGACCUUUAUUUUUUUAUUAGUCAUGGUGGCUGACAGUGUGGUAGUAUAGUAUAGCCCACACCACCCCGGUACUGCUGGAGCCGCCCCACUAGUACUACACUACGUACACCUGUACACACCUCGGCUACAUCUGCACUGUGCACAGCUCAACAGUAUACAUAACAAUGAAGCAGUAAGACAAAAGAGUACUGAAAGAAAUGCUGAUGUAACAUGUCGGGUGGAGAAAGGAUGAAUCAUGCAUGAUAUAGAAAAACUGCAAGUGAAAGGUACAAAUCGAGAGAGGGUGGCGGGGCGUGUGGCCUGUGCCCUUCAUUGUGAUAGUGAGAGCAGGAGCCUGACGUAAAGUGGAAAUGUUAAAAUUACGUUGAAUGUACCUAUUUUCAGCAUACGUGUGCUCCGAUUUAGUAUGUAUUGCACGCUUCGUUGUUUUAAUAAAUACAUUAACACUAGUGAAUUAGGAUAUUAAUUCAUAAUGAAUAUGCAAAUAAAAAAUGUAAUAAUUGUGGCCAAUGAGUACGAGAUGAACAUGAAGAGACUGGAUCUUCAGAACAUACAAUGAACCACUUGACUGAACUCCCCAGCAGAACCAGCCAAAUGUUGUUCUCUCCACCACCAGUUUACUCAUUCAGAAUAUGUCAACACAGCACCUCCGCUGACAUGAACAUCCAGACGUUUUCUUUACGGCAGGCGUUGAAGGAACUGUUCUCUCAGCUUCAGUACAGUCAUGAGUCUGCAUUGCCACCAGAUGCACUGCGCCGCGCUCUUGCUCAGACCUUCUACAACCAGCAGCGGUUCCAGCUGGGCUUCAUGGACGAUGCUGCAGAGUGUUUUGAAAACAUUUUACUUCGUAUCCACUUCCAUGUGGCAAGCGGCGAGGCAGAGGACAUGUGUAGUGCCGCCUGUAUUCCUCACCAGAGGUUCGCCAUGACGCUGGUGGAACAGAGCGUGUGUGGUGACUGCGGAGCCACAUCCGAACCUCUUCCUUUCACGCAGAUGGUACAUUAUGUGUCUGCCUCUGCCCUCACUGCCCAGGCCAGACAGAUAGGUGAUCCUGGCUCCCAGACUCAGCAUCAGCAGCUAGACAUGUUUGGCCAACUUCUGAAGAAAGCAGGUGGCAUGGGUGACAUACGUGACUGUCCAAGCGCAUGUGGGGCCAAGAUCCAGAUCUGCCGGACGUUGAUGAACAGACCAGAGAUCGUGUCCAUAGGAGUGGUGUGGGACUCUGAGCGGCCCACAUUGGAGCACAUCAUGGCAGUCUUUGCCACAGUGGGCACUACACUCAGACUCAGGGACGUCUUUCAGAGUGUAGUAGAUGACCGCUGGGCACAGCACACCCACCACCAGCUUGUUGGUGUUGUCACUUACUAUGGCAAACACUACUCUACAUUCUUUUACCACACCAAACUCCGUGUGUGGAUUUACUUCGACGAUGCCACAGUUCGCGAAAUUGGGCCACACUGGGAGCAAGUUGUAGACAAGUGCAGACGUGGUCAUUUCCAGCCAUUGUUGCUGCUAUAUGCUAAUCCCAGCGGGACGCCAGUGCCUGUGGACAGUGCUCCACGAACAGUGACGCUAGUAUCUGGCCACCGACCACACACUCGCAACUCCCAGCCUCCACUGAAGCCCACAUCUGGAGAGCCAUACUCCCAGACCUCCACACGUCGGGCUGUUACACCCAAUCCAGAGAAAUGUGGGGAUGGAUCAGGGCCCACACCCCGCCGAGCGAUCACACCCAGCCCUGAAGUAGCCUCACAGCGUGAUGCCCACAGGGACUAUCAGAACAUUCAUGCCCUUGCUGCCCACAUAUACCAGGAUGGCAAUGUUGAUUCGCACAGUGAUGAGGUGUUCGACGGUAGCACCUCCAACUACCGACGGCAGCUGGAGAGCAUCAAACAAAGUGGCACUGUCCUGCCCAAUAAACCCUCCAUCCCGGGAAGGGGACGACUCGACUCUGAUGAUUCUGUGUACGUUGGCAGGCGAAAUGAUCAGCAGCGACAGGAACGACAGCGUUCUGUGAGUUGCAAUGGUUACAACCAGCAUGGUAACCGAAACAGCAACUCCUCUCUGGAACAAUUCGAAAAAGAUGGCAUAAAAAUGCCAGAGGGCAGCAACGUGCCUCGGCGCAGAGACUCUGGUAACUGGAGCGGCGACCGGAAUAGUGCCUCCUCAUCGUCGUCCACAUCACUGGAGCAUCCCUACCUAUUUAUAGUAGGCAAGGCAGGCCGCCAACCACCCUCGCCCACUACCAAGGCACCACCCAGCCCAUCUCGCAAUGACCACCCAGAGUAUGCGAACCUUGGCGUGGGUGUCCCUUCACAACACGUCCAUGCCCACAACCCCACUGGGCAGCCCCCUAACACUGCCCCUAAUGGCCAGUAUGACCCUGGCUAUGAUUCUUACUCACUUUCUUCUAACGACUCUUAUCCCAUCCAGCAGAACCUGAAGCAUAACCUGCAGCUUCAGCAGAUCCCAGAGUGUGUACAAACAAGUGACAGUCCUGGCACAUAUACUGGGGGAAGUCAGCAGGACAGUAGUAGUGUCAGCACACUCACAGAGAGUGAAACUGGCAGUAACUGUGAGACACUUUGCUUGGCUGCCGAUUCCUUACUGGAGGAGGCCCGUGCUCGCGAAGAAUCCGGAGAUCUUUCGGGUGCAUUGGAUCUGUGCAAUGCUGCGGCUGCCAAAACCAGGGCAGCGAUGGAUGCACCUUACAACAAUGCUCACUCCCUUACCUUUGCCAGAAUGAAGCAUAACACGUGUGUUAUGCGUGCCCGCUCGCUGCACCGCCGCAUCCUCAUACAGGAGGAGACUGCAGCAUGGGAGGGCCAGUAUAAACUUGAUGGUCCCCACCACAGUCGCCAGGGCUCGCGGGACUCUCAGAGGUCACGCACUAGUCGGCAAGGGUCUCGAGAAGGGUCAGUUCACCACAGCAGACAGGGUUCACGCGAUGCUUCCAGUGGGUCCCAGGCCAGGUCACAGGAGCAGCUAGAUACGGCCGUAACUUUGGCACAGACAGCUGAGAAACUUCAAAAUACUAACAUUGAAAUUUAUGCUACACUGCCCAAGAAAAAAGGGAAGAAGUUAUCUGAGAAAGCAUCAAGGAAAGAUGAUGAGAUUCAACUGGAAAAAUCAAAGGAGAAGAAGAGUAGUGAAAAGACAAAGGACAAAUCACACAAGGAAAAGAAAAGUGGGAAGAACCGUGCUGUUGACAGUGACUAUGGCAGCGAUCAUAGUUCUAAGGGUUCAAAAAAAAGCAAUGAAAAGGAUGAUGUAAAUGCGAUUGUUGAAGUAAAAGAAGAAAAGUCAAUUGGGAAAAAGCAACACAAGAUUCGACGAAAGUUGCUCAUGGGAGGCCUCAUCCGACGCAAGAACCGUAGCAUGCCAGAUCUUCGAGAGGGUCAAGAUGGAGAGAAUCCAAAGUCUGUUACAGAUGACCUGGAAGUCCGUAGUUUCUCACGUCCAACCACACCUUCAGGUGAGAAAACCAUGGCAGGGUAUUUGAGUGAGGGUCACUUAGAGUACAGCAAUCCCAACCUUGAACGUAGUAAGCUCAUGAGGAAGAGUUUCCAUGGAAGUGUAGGUAAAGGAUUGUCUCCUGCUAAGAACAAUGCAGCCACUAAAGUACCUCCUCCCAUUCCACAACGCAUUACUUCUCAACUUUCACAUAAAAAUGAGAAAAAUAGAAAGGAGGACAAGAAGCGUGAAAAGCGACCACCAUAUCCUCUCCCACCAAGUGAUCAUCAGGGUGAAGAUCCACCAGCACUGCCUCCUCGAUGCUACACCCCAGAAAUUGCCAACCACUUGCUUAAAACUGAACCCCAAUCUUUGCCGUAUCUUCACACACAGUUCUCACAAUAUGAUAUGUAUCAGACCAACUCCCUCCCUUACAGUGGUUCUAUCUACCCAGAACAGCAGCAGCAACAGCCACAACCACCACCACCUGGCACGCCUGCACAAAUUACUAUCUGUGCUGAUGUACACCAAGAAGGUACACCCAGGGAGCCUCAGCUACAUCAGCAGCCUCAUGAACAAGAGCAGCUGAUGAAUCACCAACAUGAACAAACUCACCAAAAAGAGCAUCUAAUACAUCAACAGCAGCAGCAACUUAACCACCAGCAACACUACCAAGGUCACCAAACAACAAAUCAGUCUAAAUCUCAAAUUAAUCCUCCUCCAUCUUGGUCUAAUAUUUCUCACUCAAGACAAAGCAGUGAGGACUUUCCUCCUCCUCCUCCUCCACUGGAAGAGGCUGUGGAGGAUCUUAAGAUUAGGGGACUUUUGCCUCCUCCCCCACCGGUGUCCAGGGCUACCCCCGAGGCCCUUAGUGCCCAAGAACCCUCAAGUUUGUUGGCGCAGCUACAACAAAAGCGACAGCAAAUAAUUGAGAAUAAAGAAAGUACAGGUACAAACACUGAUGAUCGGGUUAAAUCAGCAUCAAAAAGCAGCAGUGACUGGCUACAAGAACUGCAGGCUAAACAAGCAGCUAUGCGGAAGAAGAUGCAGGAUCAGAAUGGACCCGGCUCCGAGGCAAAAAAUGAUGUUAAAGAAAAUGACUGUCCCAUCAUUCGGGACAGUGGGACAACCUCAGUUCGCAACCUAGCUUCAAAGUUCGAGAGUGUGAGCAUGACAAGUAAAAGUGAUUGUGGAAGUGAUGAAGUAGACAGCAGUGUUGCCCAGCCUCCAGCUGCACCUCAGCAGUCUACAAGAGAAGAAAUCAGUGAACGGCAACGGACAGUCAGCAAGGAACUGUUUACGAGGGAAUAUACUCAGUGUAACUCACUCCAGCUCCCUUCUCACAGUGGUCAUGAAAGCAGACUUAGUUCUUCUUAUCGGACACGAAAUGAACACGGCGAAAGUUCUAAUGGUAUUUGUAAAGAUAGUGUAAGUGAUGGUGCCAAAGAAGAUUCUGAAUUAAAUACUAGUACAGACACAAACUCUAGUGAUGGUGCAAAGAAGAAAAAAUCUAAAAAAAGUGUCACAUUUUGUGAUCAAGUGGUGCUAGUUGCAACAGCAGAAGAUGAAGAGGAAGAUGCAUAUAUCCCCAAUCCAAUUCUUGAAAGGGUCUUGAAAUCUGCCUUAACUUCAUCAGCAUCCAUGUCAGACACAGACACUUCAUCUUGUGGGGAGUCAGUCAGUCCCAGGUCAAAUUGUACAACACAGACAAAACCUAGUGUGCCUACUCCACAGGCUAGCCCACAUUACCAGUCUGUAAGCAACCCACAGAGUCAGCCUCAGGCACAACAUUCGUAUAUCCAGUCGCAUCCUACAGCCCAGACCCACACCCCACAGAACUAUCAUGCUCAAUCAGUUCAUAAUCAACCACUGCAUCCCCAAGCUCACCCUCAUCCAGCACAGUCUUACUCACCCCAGUCCACUAGCCAACAGCCUCACCCAUCUCAAGUUUAUUCUACCCAGCCUCCAUCUACACAACACCAUUCUGUACCAUCUGCUACACAACCUCAUCUUGGACACUGUCACCUAACACAUCCCCAUGGACAGCAGUACCAGCAGGCCUCGCAGAGCAACAGCACCACACAAUUGAGAAUGCCACCCCCAUACCAGCCUCCCCCAUGUAUUCCUCAUCACCAGGCAACUACCAAGACAAUGGGCCCCCAGCCUCAUUCACAGCCUAACCAGGUGUCAAAUACUCAAGCUACUCAUGGACAAAAUCAAAAUCAGGGGUGGAACCUUGCCAGUGGUUUGCAUGCUUCUCAGAUGCCUCAUCUUCUCCCUGGCCAACAUUCAACUAGACCAGGGCAACAACAUAUCCGACACAUAACACAACAGCAGCCACAGCAGCAGACUCCACACUAUCCGACUCAGCAGCAGCAACAGCGACAAGCAGCAGUACCUUACCCUGGAAUGAUGACUCGCCAGAACAGCAGUCUUGGUUUGCAACAUCACUCUGAAGCAGAAAGGGCUUAUCCUUCCUACCAACGUGUUCCACAUCCAAGCUCUGUGCAAGGACAACCACAGUCCCACCAUCAAAAAAUGCACUCGCAGAUCCAUCAAUCGGUACAUCCCCAGGGUCGUUCUAGCCACCCAGGCAAUACUGGUCAACCAAACAGUUACUCUGGUUACACACCUGCUGGUGCAUUUAACCGUUCACAACAGUCCAGCCACCCAUCACAGCAGCAAACCCCCCACAACCAUUCACAACAGUCACAAACACAACAACAUGGGUCUGGGUAUGGUAGUGUUGGCAGGGGAGGCAUUAAGGGAGGACCAAGUCACUUUUGUGGGCCUUUGGACCCUUCUGCUAUUUACUCUACUGUAAACAAAUCCUCUAAGAAGCCUGCUACAGCACCCAGCACAGGCACUGCUCUGCAGCCCUGUAAUCUUUGCAGAAAAAAGUGUGUUAACCCACCUUCCACAUAUUGCAAUGAUUGUGACUUUUAUAUGUCAAGAUUCAAGCCUAAGGCAUAAUACUCAACCCCUCGUCACAAUCCCCUUUGUCGUAAUAAUCAUGCGUCGUAAUGAUGUCAUAAAUCGUCUAAACUCCAGAUAUUCUCGAAAGCAAAAGACAUGACAAUAGUCGUAAAGGCUCAUGAUCAUUGCGUAUCAGUGAUGCUCGGUAUUAGGAGGAGGUGAUGUAGUCGUUGACUAAGAGGUUUUAGGCAUUAGAACCAGUAAAGACUUAAAAAGGCAUAAUACCAUGAAUGGAACAACACACAAUAACCAGCACAUACGAUACUAAAAUUUAUGACUGUUUAAGUCUGACUUGGACCAUUAAUCAGUCCCCAAAAUGUCUCAAGUUUGUCUCCUAUGUGCAGAUUUGUUUAUUAGAACCAAUGUUUGUGCAGUGAUCAGCGAAUCUAUAUUACCCCUCAUCCCUUGUGGUACCAGUGUUGUGAUUAUUCAUUUUAAUUUAUAUUAAAUAUUUUAUAUUUUAAUGAAAUUAACUGUACCUGUUAAUCUGAUUAAGAGACAUUGGUGCCACUUGAUACUGACUACGUGAUGUCUACAAGUACCUGUGCUGUCACAAUUCUCUAGUUGUCUGGUGGAGCAUCAGGCCUGUGCCUGCCAACCUAGUACCCCAUCCUUGUGUGGUUAAGAAUCUUCUUUCAUUGUGAUAAUCUGUUAUGGAUCUCAAUAUCAGCUUGUUUUUAAGCUUAACUGCUGUUAUUAUAUUACAUUUGUAUUUAUUGUACAGUCAAACACUUGUUUUUGCACACUUGUGUGCAUGUGAAUGUGACCAUGUUAUGUGCCAAAAUUUGUAUAUAUCAUGUAAAAACAAAUUAUUCUUUAAAAAAUUACUGUACAUAAUUGGCAGCUUUUGUAUGUUUUUUAUUAAACAGAGCUCUAUGAUGCUA